AAAUAAUUGGUGAUGCGCAUUCUCCGUCUCUCGUACACCAAAGCUCUCUCUCUCUCUGCAUAGCCUCAGAGCUUCCGUAAUUUCGAAGACCUUACGGUUAUCAAUCAACUGUCGAUUUUAUCUAAUCUACAGCUCCAUUUUAUCAAAUUUUCUUGCUUUUUGGCUUGAUAUCUGAAGAUGGCUUCGAUAUUGGCAAGGCUUCUUACCCCAACUGUAAUGGCGGUCAACGGAAGACAACCCGUAUUCCAGACACUUGGGAAAUCAGCAAUGCCUGCAAUUAAAGAGAGACAAGAUCGUGUAAGGGUAGUAGCAAAAGCCACAGGUGAAAGCUCAGAUACUUCAAUUGUAAAAUCUGUACAGAAUGUUUGGGACAAAUCAGAAGAUCGGGUAGCUCUGAUUGGUUUAGGAUUUGCAAGUGUGGUAGCUUUCUGGGCAUCAAUAAAUCUUGUGACGACCAUCGACAAACUUCCUAUUGUUCCAAGUGUGCUUGAGCUUGUUGGAAUACUAUUUUCUUCGUGGUUCACAUAUCGGUAUCUCUUAUUCAAGCCGGAUAGGCAAGAGCUUUCUCAGGCGAUCAAAAAAUCAAUAUCCGAUAUCUUGGGACAGUAAUGCGAAGAUGAAAAGAAGCCCAUAUUAUUCGGUGUGGUAGAUUGCAUAUAUGUAUUUAUUCCAUAAACAAAAUGUAUGGAGAAUAUUGAAAAAGAAAAUGGCUUUCUCCGAGUUUCUUCCUGUUGUAAUGACUAAUGAUAUAUCAUAUUAUACUAUUUCCAUGAUGAAUUGACAAAGCUUAGGCGUGAUUUUAGAUACAAAUAUAUAUGCUCGAAACUAGUUUUUUCGUUUAACC